AUGCAUCACUUAGGUCCCUUUGGACUGAGACCUUUUGGCGACCCAGAUGACAGACUGCUAGGCAGCCCCUCCAGCCUGCUGGACGCUGGACUCUGCUGCAGGCUCAUGCCUCCUGCCGCCUCCUCGUGUUUUCCUCUACGGUCCCGGGCACAUAAGAAACUCGAUCAAGGUGCCAUCAUCCAGAAAGCCAGCAUCAUCAUCAUUGGAUUUAAGCCUACACACGUGCCCCCAACAGCCAUCAUAAAGUUCCUUGGGGCUGGCACCGCUGCCUACAUUGCAGACCUCAUCACUUUCCCCCUGGACAUGGCCAAAGUCCAGCUGCAGAUUCAGGGAGAGAGCCAGGGAGCCAUCAGAGCUUCCUCUGCCACUGCCCAGUAUCAGGGUGUCAUGGGCACCAUUCUGAUCAUGGUGAAGACUGAGGACUCUGGCAGCCUCUACAAUGGGCUGGUGGCUGGGUUGCAGCGCCAGGUAAGUUUUGCCUCUGUCCAAAUUGGCCUCUAUGACUCUGUCAAGCAAUUCUACACCAAGGGAUCAGAGCAUGCAGGCAUUGGGAGCCGCCUCCUGGCAGGCUGCACCACAGGGGCCCUGCCAGUGGGUGUAGCCCAACCCACAGAUGUGGUGAAGGUACGUUUCCAGGCCCAGGCUCAUGCAGGUGGCAGCCAGAGAUACCAGGGCACAGUGGAUGCCUACAAGACUAUAGCCUGAGAGGAGGGGCUUCAAGGCCUAUGGAAAGGAACUUCACCCAAUGUUGCCCGCAAUGCUAUUGUCAACUGUGCUGAGCUGGUAACCUAUGAUCUCAUCAAAGAUGCCCUCCUGAAGGCCCACCGCAUGACUGAUGACCUUCCAUGCCACUUCAUGUCAGCCUUUGGGGCUGGCUUCUGCACCACCAUCAUUGCUUCCCCUGUGGACGUGGUCAAGACGAGAUACAUGAACUUUGCUGCAGGCCAGUAUGAUAGUGCUGGCCACUGUGCCCUCACUGUGCUUCGGAAGGAGGGACCCCAAGCCUUCUACAAAGGGUUCAUGCCUUCCUUCCUCUGCUUGGGGUCCUUGAAUGUAGUGAUGUUUGUCACCUAUGAGCAACUGAAAUGGGCCCUGAUGGCUGCUCGCAUUUCCCGGGAAACUCCUUUCUGA